AUGACUUCAAAUCUCCCGUCACCAUGGACUCUGGAUAUCCUAUCAACGGAUGCUUUCCCUGGUGUACCUCCUCCUUUUUCAUACCCAGCAUCGGGUGGAGCGUCAUUGUUGGGGGUAGUGGACGAACUUGCGCCGCUUGGUGGCUCUGUCUAUGGUCUCCAAAAUGUCGUUAAGGAAGAAGAACACCAAUUGGCCUCCAAUCAAGGGAGGAAAAGAGCGCCUCCCAAGAAAAACUCCAAAUCUAAGUCGAAACCUGAAGCAAACCCGGAAGUAAAUCAAGGAUCCAGGAAACGAGGCCGGCCGAGAGUACACACAGGAGACGAAACAGCUGCCGAACGCCGGCGGACGCAAAUACGUCUCGCACAGCGAGCGUAUAGACUGCGAAAGGAAGCCGUUAUCACAACUCUCAACGAUCGAGUGAGACAACUAGAAGCUACCAUCGAUGAAAUGAACAAAAGAUUUCUUUCCUUUCACGAUAUUGCUCUUGAAUCUGGCGUUGUUUCCACACAUCCGCAACUUGCGCAGCGGUUACGUGAAACUACACAGUCCUUUCUUGACCUCGCAUCAGAUGUCUCGCGCAGCUCGGAUGACGAGUCACAAGAGCAACAAGAAGAAAUUCAAGAUAUUCAAUUACCAGUUGAAAAUCCCCCAAUUCAACAGCCUCCACCUACCCUUCCUAUGGAUAAUUCGUCAACAAACCCUAGCGAUGUCCUUGUGACCCCUCAUGGAAUAAGGACUGCCGUUCAGCAACCGUUCUUGCCUGACUCCGCGCCUGAGCCUCAAAGCACAACAGUAGCUUUUCCUUCCCUAGACGUUAGAGAUCCUAAUACGUACCUUGAUUACAGGUUUCUACAGGAGCAGGAGCUUCAAUUUCUGCUAUCAAAUUCAAUGUCUAUACCUCAUGAGCCAAGCAUCUGUCGAAGGUAUACGUACAGUUUUCAAGAGUUGUGCUUUUCCCGGCGUCUGCACCGUCGAUGUCUUGAAAUGGGCUACGCCUCGCUGGUCAAUCCGAACUGCAACCCUAAUCACUUGAACUAUACCUUCCGUUUCACAUUCGGCAUCGCAACGCGGGAGCGAUUGGCCCUGGUCUUUCGUUCUAUCCUUGACAGGAAAGCUGGGGAAUCUUUAGAAGUUUGGAGCAAACCUUUCUUUUAUAUUGGAAAUGCUGGCAUGCACUACCCACGGCAGGACGAAUUUGGCAACGUUAUAUUUCCCCCAAAUAUGCAUCCUCCUGAACGAGCAUUUGGGCCCUUCGCGUUUAACAACGUGGAGAAGCCACAUCAGUGCAAGAGCGUAGAGGAGCUGGUCGAUGCAAAUGGAUUUGGCGGUGAUUGGUUCGACUGCCGUGAUGUUGAAGGCUAUCUUAUUGAAAAAGGGAUCGUUAUACACAGUCGAGCUACCUUCCUUCGCAUACCCCAAUCAGCUGUUCCUGGAUAUACCUCCAGUAUCAGUUCUCCAUCUACACGUUCAUCAGCUGGAUCCCUGGAUCCACAACCGCUUUACUCGGACGUUCCCGAUAUAGAUCCGCAACCUAACUAUUCAUUGGCGGCGGCGACUACAAACCCAGCAUACUAUCCUUUCCAGAAUGAAGUCUGCUCCCAGAUGAUGGAUCUUCUGGGCCUGCCACAGGACCCCACGUUCAGAUUCGGCGCCAUUUCACCCCCGACCACAAAUAUCUCUUCAGAUAGUUACCAGACGCCGGAUAAACAGCCCUCCUUAAUAUUAGACGUCGAUAACUUCAUCACACAACUGGUCACUAGGUGCGUAUGCCUUGGCCGUGCACCCGGGAUUCGCAAACAUGAUGUUGAUGCAGCGCUCCUGGCAUCAGUGAGCAGCCAGUGGUGA